CCAAUACGAGACAACUCUGUUUGCCGGGCCACGUACAAUUUACGACAAGAAAAAAGAACUAGAACUAAAUUAAACAAAAACCUGAUUAAGUAUAUAUAUAUACAUUAAACCAUGGAUACCAUGCAACGCUACGUCUCGCCUGUAAACCCAGCAGUAUUUCCUCACCUGGCCACAGUUCUACUCAUAAUUGGAACCUUCUUUACGGCUUGGUUCUUCAUAUUCGUCGUCUCCAAGAAGAAUAGCAAGGAAAAGACCCUGAUCAAGGAGCUAUUGAUUAGUCUGUGUGCCUCAAUAUUCCUCGGCUUUGGCAUUGUAUUUCUGCUGCUAACUGUUGGCAUUUAUGUAUGAAUAAAGCUGAAUUUUUAGUAAUGUUUAUAAGGGA